AACCCACUCAUUUGCCGGCUUUUAUAGCCUGCAAAAAUGAAAAAAAAAAUAUAAAUAAUUUAUUAUUCUAGAGAGAGAAGCUAGAGAGAGAGAGAGAGGUUUCAGCUUUUGAAUCCAGUUCUGGUCCUGUAAAUUGAUACUGCUAGUGCGUGAGUGAGUGAGGUUUGACUUUUUGUUGACUAAUUGAUAUUUCAAUGGCCCGAAAGGUAUGUCCCUCUGUUCUUAUUGGUGUUGAUACUUGAUUCUGUGUACUUGCUUUCUUCUUCACAAGCUGAGUGGUUGAGAUUGAGGUCCAAGGAAUGGGGAGGUUGAUUCACUGUUUGGCUUGGUGUUUUCGGUCCAAACUUGGUUAUUGAAGUAACUAUUUCAAAGUGGUGCUCACUGGUCUUUGAUUUUGGAGAUUUCAUUUAGAAGGUCUAUAUUUGUUUCAGCUACAGUGACACUACUAUGGGUGUCUCUGGGAAAUGGAUUAAAGCAUUGGUUGGUUUAAAGAGAUCAGAAAAGUCACAAUCUUCAGAGAAGGAUGACAACAGGACAGCAUCUAGUAAGUUCCGACCUAGGAGAAAGCAUUCAAUUGAAAUUGAUGCUGAUAAACUUCAAGAGGAGUUUAAUGAUAAUGCUGCUGCACCCGUUGGUGAUGCCAACAUCCUUUCUGUCCCAGAUGCUUCUGAAUCCCCUUCUGCUUCAUUUCAAGUACAGGAUGUACCUCAGAAUCAACAAGUAUUAAGAGAAGAAUGGGCUGCCACGCGCAUCCAAACAGCUUUUCGAGGAUUUCUGGCUAGAAGAGCUCUACGUGCUUUAAAGGGGUUGGUAAGACUACAAGCACUUGUAAGGGGCCAUGCUGUGAGAAAGCAGGCUGCAAUAACUCUUAGAUGCAUGCAAGCUUUAGUGAGAGUUCAGGCUCGAGUCCGAGCAAGGCGUGUUCGCUUAGCAUUAGAAAGUCAAACAGCACAACAAAAACUUCAGCAACAACUUUCAAAUGAGGCUCGGGUUCGAGAAAUAGAGGAUGGGUGGUGUGACAGUGUAGGAUCUGUUGAACAAAUUCAAGCCAAGUUGCUAAAGAGGCAGGAGGCAGCAGCGAAGCGUGAGAGAGCCAUGGCAUAUGCUUUGGCUCAUCAGUGGCAGGCAGGAUCAAGACAGCAGGCCGCUUCUGCUGGGUUUGUACCAGAUAAAAGUAGUUGGGGAUGGAACUGGUUGGAGAGAUGGAUGGCUGUCCGUCCAUGGGAGAAUCGUUUUCUUGACAUAAAUCUGAAAGAUGGGGUGAUGAUUCGUGAAAAUGGAACAGCUGAUGGCAAGAAUGGCACCAAACCCCAGUUAAAGUCUUCUGGCAAAAAACCAUUUGUAUCUAGUCUGCAAUCAAACCUUUCAAGUCAGAAAACUGGUCCAUCCAAUUCUGAUGGCAGUGGUACUUCUCCUAGCAAGCUAGAGGCAUCAAACACACUUUUUGCUAAGCCAAAGGCGAAGCCAGUUCUUGAAGAUGCGGCUGAAGAGGCCAACUCAAGACCUGGCAUUGCUCAAAGAUCUCGCAGCAAUCCAAAAGAGAGGUCAAUACAAUCGGAUAAACAGGCAAAGAAGAGGUUGUCUCUGCCUAACAGUGGAGGGGGAGGUACUGGGGCUCAAGCCACGAGGCAUGGCAGAAUUGCAGCUAAAGGGACACCAGAUUCUCAUAAACCUGUGAGGGACAAGUCAGCAUUAAAUGGAAAAGGGAACUCGAACACCACAAAAUCUGUUGCACAGGCCGUUGGUGUGUAGUAUUGAUACAUCCAUGGAAGAUGAGUUAUUAUUUAGGCUAUUCUCCAUUAAUGAUGCCGUGUCAGUCUGUAUAUAUAGGACGCAAAUCACAUAGCUUUCAUUCCUGUCAUAAAAUUCCAAGUUGGUUUUUGAUAUGAAAGAAGUUGAAUUGGGUUGGGUUGGCUUUGCUUUCUAGAGAAAUAAGUUAAGUGGGUGGGUUUGGUAUGUUGUGACUAUUGUAGUCAUGUUUAUUUAUUGUUAUUAAUUAUGUGAUUAUCCCAUUUUAAUUCCAAUUUACAAAUAUAUCAUUCUCAUUUUACUUUGUCCUCCACAUUUUUGCUUAAAAUUAGAAAAUAUGCAAGUGUAAAGCAUUAAAGCAUUCAUGAUAAUUAUCAUCUCCAACAAAUGUUUAAAUUUUGAAAUUAGAUUACGAGAUAAAUAAUUAUUUUAUUAUAAUUAUCAAAAUAAUAUAAAUUUGGAUAUAACAAGAGAAAGGAUUUAUAGAUAACUCUCAUAACAUGUGAUAUGAAUAGAAAGUUAAUUUCAUGUUAAAAAUGUAAAUAAAUAAUAACAUAUUUUAUUUACUUUGAAUAACUUUUUUUUUUUUUUAACAGGCAAUGAUUUUCAGAAAUUUACAUUUAUAGCGUGCGCCGACCUGCACAGGAAGGAACUAAUUUCCGUUUCUCUUAGAGAAGAUUGUUAGAUCCCCGAUCCCGGGAAAUCUACAAACCGUUUCACCACUAACGGUGAAUAAGGAGUUUUGAUUAUGAUGACGAUUUGGACAAUUAGAAAAGAUACUGCGGGCGGGAGAGUAAGUUUGGUUGGGGAAUAGUUUUGAAGAGUCUUAAUGUGCUCAAAAUCCAUUAAAAUCCGAAGGAACCAACUCAGAGGUGCUCCUUUCCUGAAGGGGAAAGAAAGGGAUCACAAGAUAGACAAAGUGGGAAACAAAAGUAGAUACCUUUGCUAAAGGGUGUGUUUUGAUGGGGUAAGAGGGUCAAAAAAGGGUUAGUGGUAGUUUUGUCUCUUUUGUUGUCUCUGUUUUUGUACAUAUGUGAAUGAAGUGAUGAAAUAGUUUAGGUUGUUGAGGGAAAGCAAAUCAAUACUGCAAAAAGCAAAAGCAAAUGUGUCGGAGAGAAUAGUAAUGGGCUCUCAUCAAAGAAAUUUUCAUGUCUUGAUAUAUUCUUUUCUUGGUUAAUCUUAAAAGUAAAUUUAUGGUUC